GCUGUCCGUCGACACCGAAUACAACACGCGCUUCCGGUUUUUGCCUCCAAAAUAAACAAACUCUCACGCGUCACGCCUGCGACGCUUUUAUUUUGAAGGCGGUGCAACCAACGCUUCCGCUGCGCCUCCGGCUGCGUGUCGGCGAGCUUGACGCCGCCAUGUCAACUACUCUCCCGACUCUAGUGGAGUGAAGGCGUAUGUGGAGGGAUAACGACAACACGGCUCGGCCAGUGUGGGCGAGGAGACACCGCUGCAGCCGCGCAGACACACCGCUCACCGGAACCGGAGGGACGGGUCGCCUCGCGGAGCCUGUGAGGCGUAAAUGGACACAAACAUUUCCCCAGAAGAAGACGCUGCCCGCGAGACAACCUGUGCACCAAAUGCGUCCUGGAAAUAAGGACGGGCAUUUGCUGGCGCAACCAUGGACGAGGACAACCAAGUACCUGAGGACCUGUCUCUGGAGGAAAGAGAUGAGCUGUCGAACAUACGGCGCAGGAAAAAAGAGCUUCUGGAUGAUAUUGAACGGCUGAAGUUUGAGAUCGCAGAGGUCAUGACUGAGAUCGAGCAGCUAACCUGUGUGGGCGAGAGCAAGACCACCCAAAGAAACAAGCAGAUCGCCAUGGGGAGGAAGAAGUUCAACAUGGAUCCUAAAAAGGGGAUCCAGUUUCUUCUAGAGAACGAUCUUCUCCAGAACACCCCAGAGGACAUUGCACAGUUCCUCUACAAAGGCGAGGGGCUCAACAAAACAGUCAUCGGGGACUACUUAGGGGAACGGGAUGACUUUAAUAUCAAGGUCCUCCAGGCGUUUGUGGAGCUUCACGAGUUUGCAGACCUCAACCUCGUACAAGCUUUAAGGCAGUUUCUGUGGAGCUUUAGACUUCCUGGCGAAGCCCAGAAGAUUGAUCGUAUGAUGGAGGCGUUUGCCUCCAGGUACUGCCAAUGCAAUCCCGGCGUCUUCCAGUCCACAGACACCUGCUACGUCCUAUCAUUUGCUAUCAUCAUGCUGAACACAAGCCUGCACAAUCCCAACGUCAGAGACAAGCCCCCCGUGGAGCGCUUCAUCUCCAUGAACAGAGGGAUCAAUGAGGGGGGAGACCUCCCAGAGGAGCUACUCAGGAAUUUAUACGACAGCAUCAAGAGCGAACCCUUCAAGAUCCCAGAGGAUGAUGGGAACGACCUGACGCACACGUUCUUCAACCCAGACAGAGAGGGCUGGCUUCUCAAAUUAGGGGGCCGAGUGAAAACCUGGAAGAGACGGUGGUUCAUCCUGACGGACAACUGCCUCUACUACUUCGAAUACACAACAGACAAGGAGCCCCGUGGGAUCAUCCCGCUGGAGAAUCUCAGCAUCAGGGAGGUGGAGGAGCCAAGGAAACCUAACUGUUUUGAGCUCUAUAACCCCAAUCACAAGGGCCAGGUGAUCAAAGCCUGCAAGACUGAGGCGGAUGGGCGCGUCGUCGAGGGCAACCACGUGGUGUACAGGAUAUCGGCGCCCACCCAGGAAGAGAAAGAGGAGUGGAUCAAAUCCAUCAAGGCCAGCAUUAGCAGAGAUCCCUUCUACGACAUGUUGGCAACCAGGAAGAGACGCAUCGCCAACAAGAAGUGAAGAGGGACAAUCUUCUCAAGCCUCCAUCGCCUCCAUCUUUCUCUCCUUGCAUUCACCACGGACAUGACUGUCAGCCUCCCCAGAACAGAGUUUGAGCGUUGUUUUCACCCCUGGACUGUCCACGAGUCAGUGUGCACUUGCUGUGGAGACAUGAGGGGGACGGCAGAGCUCCAGGAAACUCAGAUGUAUGGACUUGAUUCUUGCAUGGAGCAGCACAUGAACAACUAACCAGCCAGUUUGUUUCUCCUCCAUCUCAUACACCCCCCCCACCUCCCCCUCUCAUGGUCAUAACUUGUUUCUAAGUUUCCCUUAAAGCACAACUGCCAUGUUUCAGGUGCACAUGCAUGCGUGUGGGUUAUUAUAGACCAAUAUGUUUGUGUUCGUGUGUGUGUGUGUGUGUGUGUGUGUGUGUGUGUGUAUGCAGCAGUGCAGUGUGCAUGCUAUCAGUGCACACAGCAUCUACAGUAUGGGUGCAUCAGUCACACAAGCGUUCCCUCCACUGUGCUUUAUGAAAAAAAAAAAAGAAGUUGCAAUUCAAAAUCAGAGUUCAGAUGUGUGGUCGACUGCAGGGACGUUUGGAGGAAGGAGGGUGUGAGGAGGAGACAGUAUAACCUCACCUGGACCAUGUCGUCAUCUCACUCUGGUGCUGGAUUCUUCUCUACAGGUGCCAUACGACUGAAGCCCUGCUCAGAGUAACCUCAGAAAUACAGCGCCGGCUUACAUUUAGGUUCCUAACAAAGCAUUACAGUCUUGAGUCAGCUGGGCUGAUUUCAUUUAUUUGUGUGGAGCAGAGAAUUUUUGAAAUGUGCAUACUUUUUUAUUUUAGUAGAGUAGAAAAAUGAGCUUUUGCCUGGGCUUGAGAUGAAACUUCCUUUCUGUGGACUUGGAAGUUAUAAUCCUUAAGAUUUGGAGACACCUCCAAAGAGUUUAAUGUUGUUAGCAGCAGGUGCAGUUUCACACUACAGCGAACCCCUCCCCCCUGGUGUAUCUGUUUACAGCGCGUCCAAGCAAGCCUCCAUUUUAUUUUUUAUAAAGAUUGCAACAGUAAUCUGAUUUCAUGCUGAAUAAUCAGUAGUAUUUUACACAGCAGGGCACCGUAAUUUUGCUGAGGCAUUGGGGUGUCCUCUGAGGCUGCUGUUUCCUGUUUCCUCCUAUAAAAUUUGAAAAUGACCACUGUCUUGUUUUGUACACGUAUUAUUAAGGUAUUAUCUCGGUCGGUGCUAGUGUCAGUGACAGAUAAACAGUAAACAAUGAGGCUGAUAUGUAUGAUGUAGGAUUAUAAGCGAUACGCCAAUGCAUUGCUUCUAGGAUUUAAAGGUCCCAUAUUAUGCUCAUUUUCAGUUUCCAGCUUUUAUUUGGGGUUUCUAAAACAUGGUUAUUUGUUUAAAAAAACAAAACUAAUAAAAACCCUUGGUCUGAGUGCUCUAUUUUAGGCCCUCCUCUCGAAAAGCCCAGUCUGCUCUGAUUGGUCAGCUCACACAGGCCUGAGCAGGCAUCGACUAUCAUGUACUAUGCAUCAGAUCUGUUGCUGUUUUCCAACCAAAUCCAUGCUGGGGCAGUGACUGCAUAGUUGUGACAUCAUUGAUGUCUAGUUUGAAAGUCCAGUUUGUGAAUGUGGGCUGUGUGCAUUUCUUUGUCAAUUGAGCAUUUUGAUACUUUGACAAUAUUAAUAUAGCACCUAAAACCUGCUUUAUAAUCGAAAAAGUCAGGAAAUAUUGCUUUCAACAAUAUGGGACGUUUAAACGCAGCGGGGGGAUGGCGGACUCUGCCACUAUCAGUGAAGAUAAGCAAUUAGUAUUUACAAAAUUUAAAAGCAUUAAUUAUCUAUUGUAGAUUAAAUGGUAUGAAAAAUGGUGGAGUUCACCCAAUUUCCUGUCGCUCAUCAGCUACAGCCCCCCCUCAAAAAAAAAGGCAUUCAUUAAAAUCUUAAGGAUUUUAACUUUUAAAAUCAAAACUUUCCUUUGAGGAAGUCUUUUCAGUCUACUGGGUAGGUUUUAUUUUUUGGCUGUGUGAUGGCCCAAUAGGGUACCAGUCCAAUUAAGCUUUUUUUUUUUUUUUCCUUAUUUCUUGUCAAUGACCUAUGUCAGUGAAGGUCGAUGUACUGUUGUGAUGUUUGCAUUUGGUUUGUAAUCCUAAGGAUCCUUGCUUGCUUUUGUGUUCCUCUUAAAAAAAAAAGAAAAAGAAAAAAAGGAUAUGAAUAUAACCGACUAUCAUUUUGUAUUUAUUUUCGUUCGUGAAAUGGUUUAAUACUACCUGUAAAUGUUAAAACAACGUAUGCUUAAGUUAUGUAUGUAUAUAUGAUGUAUAGGUUUUCUGGUCUCUUUGUUGUAGUAUGCACACUCUGUGUAACAUGUUUGAGCCUACACAGGCGGAAGUUCGCAUCAGCAGUUUGGGGUCUUCUUUUACAAAAAGCCUUAAACAUAAUCAUAGGAAAAACAUAUAAUAACGAUCAUGAUGAUGGAGAUGAAGAGGAGGUGGAGAACAUUGGUCAAUAACUGUGAUGAUUCUGUUCAAAAAGCCAUGAUUUAUGAAUGAAAACGAUGGUUGUGUUUUGCGAUGAUAAAGAUUAUAGUGAAAAUGAUGUUCGAUGUUAAUGACGAUGAUUAUAAGUGAAGUUAUAUCAGUGAUGAUGAUGAUGAUGAUACUAUCAUUGAUGAUGAUGUCAAAAGCUAUAAAACACCAGUAGUUUUCUAUGUGAUUGUAAAAUAUAAUGAAAGCCCUGUGGUCAGGGCAGAUUAUUAUCUUCUACCGCCCAGUGUGGGCUUAUAGUUACAUUAACUUUUAUAUUCUCUGUAAAAGCUUAUUGGUCACGUUGUACAUUACGUGUAUCUAUAUAAAGUCUACAUAAAGCUGA